UUCCGCACGUCCUCCCACGGACUCUAAUGUCGUAUCUUCAGUGGUCGGCGUGCCUGGAAGAGCCGAGAAGAGGUCGCAACCCGCCAUCGCAGCAAGAUUAUAUGAACCCGUGCGAGAUCAUCGAUCUCGCCUUUUUCCAUAAUCGAGCGGCCUCUGACGACGAAGAGAUAGAGAUCGAAGAAGAGAGCGCUGAAGAAGAAGAAGAAGAAGCCGCCUACGAGGACGAGGAGGAAGAAACCCCGGAGGAAGGUAGUUAUAGUGAGCACAACGAGGGAGAGCAGAGUGAAGAGGAAGAGGAGGAGGAGGACGAGUUGGAACUGAAGGAGUCGGAGUGGGAGAUCUUGGCGGAAGAUCUCGAACAAACAGAAGCGGAGCAGGCGAAAGACCCCGAAGCGGCACGCAAAAGAGACGAAAUCGUGGCCGGGAAACGACAACUAGAGUUCGCUAGCACGACAAAUCUGCCAAUCACCGACGAUCCGCCCCGCGAUCCAGAGCCGCCCAAGCUUGAAGAUGGAGAACAGGCCGAGACUUCGAGCACACCGGCAAGGUGGCGACGAAGCCGAUCCCCCUCCACCUCCGACCAUCCAUCAAUUCGAGCCCGUACCGAUGCGGGGCAUCAGGCUUCGUCCCCGGUCAUUAUCCCGCCGGCCCCUUGACCAUCUCACCCUCCGACAAAUCACCACCCUUGUCACCUUCCCCCGCAACCCCUUCCCCAUGGACACCUUCCGAUUCUUCUACGCCACCCGUCU